AUGAAGGGAUCGCCGCCGCCGACGAAGAGGUACGCUCUGCUGAUGGCGGCGAGGGACUCCGACUACGUGAAGAAAGCCUACGGCGGCUACUUCAACGUGUUCUUCGCCGCCUUCGGCGAGAAGGGAGAGAGAUGGGAUUUGUUCAGGGUCGUCGACGGCGAGUUCCCCGACGUCGACGACCUCCAUGGCUACGACGGGUUUGUGGUGAGUGGUAGCCCUUAUGAUGCCUAUGGAAACGAUGAGUGGAUCCUCGAGCUCUGCUUCCUACUCAAAACUCUCGACUUCAUGAAGAAGAAGGUCCUCGGAAUCUGCUUCGGCCACCAGGUUCUGUGCAGGGCAUUGGGAGGGAAGGUAGGGAAAGCGGUGAAUGGAUGGGACAUUGGCCUGAGGAGAGUGGAGAUGGUGGAGGAUGAUCUGAUGCAGGCGCCGCCGUCUCUGUCGAUCAUCGAGUGCCAUCAGGAUGAAGUGUGGGAGGUCCCGCCGGCGGCGAAAGUGGUUGCGGUUUCGGAGAAGACCGGCGUGGAGAUGUUCGCCAUUGGAGGUCACAUUUUGGGCAUUCAAGGUCAUCCCGAGUACACCAAGGACAUCCUGUUUAGCAUCAUCGAUCGUCUUCUCAACGAUGGUUUCAUCGAGAGGGAGCUUGCUGAGAAGGCCAAGUCUGGGUUGGAGGUGGAUGAACCGGACAGGAAUCGCUGGGAGAAGAUUUGCAGGGAUUUUCUCAAGGAAGGAUAG